UGGCCGGGCGCGAGGCGGCUGCGCGCGGCGCGGCGGCGCGGCGGCGUGUCCUCAAUGGGGCCGCGCGCGCGGCGCCAGGUUUAGCGAGGAGGGGGCGCGGCGGAGAGGACAGAAACUGGAUGGCUUCUACGGUGAGCCUGGGCAAGGAAACGUUGUUGGAAGAUGGAAUGCCACCUGCAAAGAAGCCCAGGAAGCUGUUGCCAAGCCUCAAAACCAAGAAGCCUCAGGAACUCGUUCUGGUGAUUGGGACAGGAAUUAGUGCUGCAGUUGCUCCCCAGGUCCCAGCACUGAAGUCUUGGAAGGGGCUGAUCCAGGCCCUCCUGGAUGCUGCUAUUGACUUUGAUCUCCUGGAAGAUGAAGAAAGCAAACGGUUCCAGAAGUGUCUCCAUGAAGACAAGAACUUGGUUCAUGUUGCCCAUGACCUUAUCCAGAAGCUGUCUCCGCGCACAAGCAACGUUCGCUCAACCUUUUUCAAGGACUGUUUAUACGAGGUGUUUGAUGACCUGGAAUCUAAAAUGGAAGAUUCUGGGAAGCAGCUGCUUCAGUCUGUGCUUCACUUGAUGGAAAACGGGGCCCUUGUGUUAACCACAAACUUCGAUAACCUGCUGGAGCUGUACGCAGCGCACCAGGGGAAGCACCUCGAGUCUCUUGACCUGACUGAUGAAAAGAAGGUGCUGGAGUGGGCACAGGAGAAGAGGAAGCUCAGUGUCCUGCACAUCCACGGCGUCUACACCAACCCCAGCGGCAUCGUCCUGCACCCGGCCGGGUACCAGAACGUGCUGCGCAACACCGAGGUCAUGCGAGAGAUUCAGAAGCUCUAUGAAAAUAAGUCCUUCCUCUUCUUGGGCUGUGGUUGGACUGUUGAUGACACCACGUUUCAGGCCCUGUUUUUAGAGGCUGUCAAGCACAAGUCAGACCUGGAGCACUUCAUGCUGGUGCGGAGGGGGGAUGUGGAUGAGUUCAAGAAGCUCCGUGAGAACAUGCUGGACAAGGGGAUCAAGGUGAUUUCCUACGGGGACGAAUACUCCGACCUGCCCGAGUACUUCGAGCGGCUGACGAGCGAGAUCGCCAUGCGGGGCCGCACAGGUGUGCCCAAGGAGGGGCAGCAGCUGAACGGCUCCGCGGCUGCCCAUGCUGAGAGAAAAGGAUGCAGCACCUGAGCCUCAGCCCUGCCCUGAGCCGUGGGGAGCUCCCAGGAUGGGCCCAAGCCAGGCCAGCAGCCCCAGGGGGGCCGGAGCCCAUGGAGCCAGGACCCUUCCAGCAGGGAACAGGCUGGGCAGAGCCUCCUUGGACAGACACCUGGUUUAACGUAGCUCAUCGUGGUUCGGGGGGGGCUGCGAGUGCCUGCGGAGCGCGGUGCCCCCGAGGGAGCUGCAGCCUCCUCUGAUUUCAUACCUAGUGCUUUUAUAUUCUGUAUUCCAAUUUUCAAACAAAAUGAAACUUGAGCUUUUUUUUUUUUUUUUUUUAACUGGAAACUCUAGUUUUCUAGUCCUGUCUUUAUACUGUACAGUAUUUUGUAUGUUGAAGUUGUAUUAAAGGCCUGCUCACUGAA